AUGACCAAGUUGAUCUGCGUCAUCGGAGCCACAGGCAAUCAAGGAGGCUCCGUCGCCCGUCGCUUCGCUCAGGAUCCGGACUACAAAGUCCGCGGAAUUACGCGCAAUCCCUCUUCUGAAGCCGCCCAAGCUCUGGUCUCUGAAGGCAUCGAUGUUGUCGCCGCCGACCUAGACGAUCCGCCAUCCCUCGCUGCCGCCUUCGAGGGGGCGAACCUAAUCUUCAGCGUCACAAACUAUUGGGAACCUUUCUUCCGCCCAGAUUGCAGACAGAAAGCCGCUGAGCAGGGCAUCUCGUGUCGCCGCUACGCAUACGAUGUCGAGUACCGCCAGGGGAAGAACAUCGCAGAUGCUGCGGCGACGGUUGUGGACUCGCUGGUCGAGAAUGGCUUCUUGGUCUCGACGCUAAUUCAUGCGGGGAAGGCUAGCCGAGGGAAGUUUAAAGAGCUGUAUCAUUUCGAUGCGAAGGCUGAUAUAUUUCCGGAGUACGUGGAGGAGAAGUAUCCUAAACUGGCGAAGAAGAUGAGCUGUGUGCAUACGGGGUAUUUCAUGACGAGCUACCGCAUCCUGCCGGAAUGCUACUUUGCAAAGCAAGCAGACGGCUCAUUCCAAACACGCUUUGCCACCGUCCCCAACGAGCCCACCUUCCACCUCGACGUCAACACCGACACGGGCCCCUUCGUCUACGCCGUCGCCCAGAUGCCACCGGGCAAGACUUACAUGGCUUGCGGCACUAUCUGUAGCUGGACCGACUUCAGCGCCACCUGGAGCCGCGUCACGGGCGUUCCUGCGUCUUACAAGCAGGUCACUCGAGAGGAGAUGAUGGAGGCGGUCCCGGAUAGGAUGCUUGCUGAGGAGACUACGGAUAUGUUUGAGUAUACGAGUGAGCUUGGGUAUGCGGGAGGGGCGGAAGUGCUGUUGGCGGAGGAUCUUAGGAAGGCGGGGAUUGAGUGUCCGAUGACGAGUUUGGAGGACUGGAUGAAGAAGCAUGAUUGGAGUGACGUGCUGAAUAAGUAG